AUGGGAAUCCCAUGGGACGACAUCGUUGUGAUCCAGCACGCCAAGAAAUCCAACGAGCCAACAACUGUCACUGUCAAUUGCCCCGAUAAAGCUGGUCUUGGCUGUGAUCUCUGCAGAAUCAUCCUUGAAUUCGGUCUUCGUAUUACCAGAGCCGACAUUUCGACGGAUGGAAGAUGGUGCUACAUAAUCUUUUGGGUUAUUCCGCAUUCUGAAUCACUCAAAGUUGAUUGGGAAAGUUUGAAGACAAGGCUUCUUUCACCUUGUCCUUCAUGUUUGUUUUCUUAUCAUUUCAAACAACAAUCUGCUAAUCCUUCACCGAAUCAAAUUUACUUGUUGAAGGUUUGGAUUUUCGAUCAGAAAGGAUUAUUAUACGAUAUCAACGAAAUCUUGUGCAACCUCCUGCUUACGAUUCAGCGAGUUAAAGUCAUGCCAACUCCUGAUGGAAGGGCCCUAGAUUUGUUCUUUAUCACUGAUGAAAUGGAAUUGUUUCACACGAAAAAGCGGCGAGACGAUGUAUGUGAAUAUCUUAUGGAAGCUUUAGGAGAGAAAUGUAUCUCCAGCGAACUUCAGUUGGCUGGACCUGAAUAUGAUGGACAUUUGCCGGGGUUUUCUUCUCUUCCACCAGCUUAUUCUGAAGAACUAUUUGGUCCUGAGUUAUCAGACAAGGUGUCGCUGCAUCCUCUCAGUCAAGACAUGACAACACUGAAGAAACCGAGUGUUACUGUGGAUAAUACGUUGAGCCCGACUCAUACCUUGCUUCAGAUACAGUGUGUUGAUCAGAAGGGCUUGUGUUACGACAUUAUGAGGAUUGCAAAGGAUCCUCGAUUUGAGAGAUUACUCUGUACUCACAAGGGUACCUAUGCUGAUGACUGCCUUGUUGAGAGAGUUAAUCAGCAUAAAUGCUUCAUUGUCGCAACAUGUGAUCGAGACUUGAAGAGGAGGAUCCGAAAGAUUCCCGGUGUGCCAAUAAUGUAUAUCACCAAACACAGAUACUCAAUCGAGCGGUUGCCUGAAGCAACAAUUGGUGGAGCUCCUAGAAUUUGA